GAACUGCGAAAGCCAUGAACCGCCAUUUUUAAAACUACAACCAGCGGGUUUUUAGCUUAGUUUUUAGAGAAAGAAUUAUGAAAGUCAAAAACAAGCAGCAUUGGACUGAGGAGGAGACCCAGUGCUUUGUGGCACUGUGGACUUCAUCCGAAGUCCAAGACAAGUUGGAGGGAGCCACUCGAACAAAGCCGGUGUUCGAACAAAUACAAAGAGCGAUGACUGCUGCCGGCUACGACCGGACCCUGGCCCAGCUUGUAAAUAAACUAAAGAAGGUAAAGAAGGAGUACUGGAACCGUAAAAGACAGCUUGGACACAGCGGCCGACCGAAAAGAAUCCCAUAUUUCGACCUGCUGGACUCAGUUUUAGGAGACAAGCCGGUGAAUCAGACCACCGGUGCACGGAACGGGGCCACAGCGGACAUGGACUCGAUUAAGAACGAGCCUGAUGUUGAGACUGCGGCAAACGAUACGGAGUUGUUGUCCACGAAAGAUUCCAAGUCGCCGCUGCGACCAUUCAUCUGCACCUCACCGACUCCAUCCUGCAGUACUUCUUCCUCCUCUCAUCAAAUCAGAUCAGAAAAAAGAAAGCGGAAUUCUAACACUGAGUUGUUGGAAUAUCUUGAGAGGUCAGAGGAGAGGUUUCUGGAGCAGACUAGGAGGGACCAAGACGUCACAGCGGCUUUGCUCCAAAACAUCCAGAGGAUGAAUGAAACCUCAAGCACACUUGUUGUUCUGAUGGAGCGCAUGGUUUCUGUGAUGGAAGGUCUGUCACAGAAAUGAAGACGUUAAGAUUGGACUCACCACUGUUUUUGCACAGCAGCACCUUGAUUUUUCUCCCCUUUUUUUUAAAAAAAAAGAAUUUUUUUAAGCUUUUUUUUUUCUUUUAUUUUAGCCUAUUUGUCUUUUUUUUUCAUUUGUGUGAAUAAACCCGUUUGAAUUGCAAAAGCUCAUUUUGUCCAUGUUUUCCUAUGCCUCAUAAACUUGGGUAACAAUGCUGCUCUGCUGACAUCAGUAAUUAUGUUUACAGACUAUCCUUGGACCAGAUCAAGCGGUAAAAGGGGGACACAUUUCAUGUUCAAGAAGUUCUGUGUUUAAACUAAAUAACUUAUCUCCAUGUUUAAUACAUGUAUGAAUAGGUCUCAGUCAGGACUUUCACAAGACAUGUUACAAUGUACAGAAAUAAAAUUUUGGGGUAAAAAUGGUUAAAUUACUGCUGCAUGACACGGGGACU